GAUAUGGUCUCUUUGGAUGAAUUUGUACAUGUAGACGAGCAUCUAAUAUCAAGCGAAAUUAAUACAGAAGACGAAAUAUUGGAAAGUGUAAGCAAAAAACAGGAUGACUUGGAGGAUGAAUUGGAGAACAGAUCUGAUGAUGCAGACGACAGUGAAGGAACUCCAAGAGAGAAGCCUUCUGACGCUGAAGUUUUAAUGGCAAUUGAAACCAUCCAGCUUGCCUUUUCAAUGAAUGAGGCUGCAACUAAUGACGGCUCUACUUUAAUCUGCUUAAUUAGACAAAAAUAUGAAUCAUACCGCCCCAAAAAAUAA